GAUCACCAAGCCAAGACACAGCAAAUGUCCAACAGCAGCUCCAGCAGGCACUUCCUCCUGCUGGCAUUGGCAGACACGCGGCAGCUGCAGCUCCUGCACUUCUGCCUCUUCCUGGGCAUCUCCCUGGCUGCCCUCCUGGCCAACGGCCUCAUCAUCAGCGCCGUAGCCUGCGGCCACCACCUGCACACCCCCCUGUUCUUCUUCCUGCUCAACCUGGCCCUCACUGACCUGGGCUCCAUCUGCACCACUGUCCCCAAAGCCAUGCACAAUUCCCUCUGGCACACCAACAACAUCUCCUACUCUGCAUGUGCAGCUCAGCUCUUUUUCUUCAUGUUCUUCAUGUCAGCAGAGUUGUCCCUCCUGACCAUCAUGUGCUACGACCGCUACGUGUCCAUCUGCAAACCCCUGCACUACGGGACCCUCCUGGGCAGCAGAGCUUGUGCCCACAUGGCAGCAGCUGCCUGGGCCAGUGCCUUUCUCUAUUCCCUGCUGCACACAGCCAAUACAUUUUCCCUGCCCCUGUGCCAGGGCAAUGCCCUGGGCCAGUUCUUCUGUGAAAUCCCACAGAUCCUCAAACUCUCCUGCUCACACUCCUACCUCAGGGAACUUGCGCUUCUUGCAGUUAGUGUCUGUUUGGUAUUUGGCUGUUUUGUGUUCAUUGUUUUCUCCUAUGUGCAGAUCUUCAGGGCUGUGCUAAGGAUCCCCUCUGAACAGGGAAGGCACAAAGCCUUUUCCACCUGUCUCCCUCACCUGGCUGUGGUGUCUCUGUUUAUCACCACUGCCACAUUUAGCUACCUGAAGCCCCCCUCCAUCUCCUCCCCAUCCCUGGAUCUGUCCCUGUCAGUUCUGUACUCAGUGGUGCCUCCAGCCCUGAACCCCCUCAUCUACAGCCUGAGGAACCAGGAGCUCAAGGCUGCAGUGUGGACACUGAUGACGGGAAAAUUUCUGAAACGUUUAAAUGGUUUCUGAAAGUGAAGUGCCAAUUUCUGUGAAUCUCUUGUAAUAAAAGUAAUCUUUGAAAGUCCUGUUGUUUUUUAUUUUUUUUCCCCAUUUUCAGUUUUUAAUAUUGUCCAUAAACCAAGCCCAUUUUUUGUGCCAUCUCUCCUUUUGUUUGCUCUCCUCCUUUAGUGUGACCCACAGAUUGUAUCAAUGCAGAGCUCUGUUCUUGGUGGUGUGACAUGAAAUAAAGGAUACCCCAAAAGCCUUUUCAUUACAGAUGCUCCUUUUGUUCCCUUCCCUGGAGCUGCAGCAGCAAUG